AUGAAAGAAUACAAUGUUAUAUUAAAAAAGAAUCUUGGUCAUAAAUACAAAUUAGCACACCACAGAAUUGUACUUAAGGAUCCGAAUAUAGUUAUUAACAAGAGAAACUACCCACUAAGCCCUAUUAAACAGGAAGCACUAAAACAACAGGUUGUAAAGUUAUUAAAAGAAGGUAUAAUUGAAGAAUUGGUAAGUGUUUAUAACAAUCCAGUUCUUUUAGUCUCAAAGAAAAAUGGUGAAUAG